AUGAGCAAAGAUGGGGGAUCGCAGGAGGAGUUUGAGGAAUAUUGGAAAUGGUUCAAAGAGCCAAGGCAGGUCGGAGAAUGGAUUGAGAGGAGGUCACAUCCUCAAGUGAACCUGCUGCCCUACUGGUAUCACUCCCUCUCCGACGAGACCGUCUUCGAGGCUCCAAGCACGGAGGAGGCCAAAGUACUGGAGCCCUUGGAGCCGUUGGAGCUUCAAGGUCCCAUUGCCUCUCUCUCGGUGCCGGAGCUCCGCAGCAAGUUGCAGGAUCCGGAGGAGCUCCAACGGUUGGAGUUCACGGACGCCCUCCUGGCGCGGCGCGCCGUCUGGGAGUAUGAGACCUUCAUCCCCAGGGUUCUAUCUUGGCACGACUUCCAGUACAACACCUUCUGGUUUUUCAUCAAGGAGCGUGGCUCCAAGGACCGCCGCGAGGAGAAGCGCGGCUACUUUGGACCAGGGGCAGAUGACAGCAAGAUGUUUGCCCAUGAGGGUUUCUUCAUGGAGGUGGCGCACUUGGCCAGCCAGCGAUUGGAACGAAUACACCCCAUCAACUUGGUGUAUUUGUUGUGGACCUUCACCCGGGCAGGGGUGCAAGCGCAUGACUUCUUUAACAAGGCUGCGGAUCAUUUUUGCAACGGCCUCCUUCCGCUUUGCACCUUGGUCUGGUGCUUCUCUCGGCAGCGGCUUCGGCACCAGCGCCUCUUCGAGAAGGCCGCCGUGGAGUUGCAGCGGACGCUGCGGGUUCGGUCGCUGGCACCGCGGAAUUUCCAAAACACCAUGAUCGCCUACCGCUGGUUUGGUCGCGGACACCACGAGGCCGUGGACGCCUUGCCGCCCACGCUGGCGCAGUGGCUGCCGCGCUUGCUGGAUGGCCAUGAUGAGCGUACGCCCAAGCUGAGGCAGAAGCCCUUUUUCACCCACUGGGACCUCGUCGGAUCAUCUACUGAAGGACCACCUGGGGUUAACCUCUCCACUUCUUAA